AUGAGAUUCUCUAUUGCGACGAUUGCCCUGUUUGCUGGAGCUGUCAUGGCACACCCAGCCAACCUCGAAACAUCCCUCGAAACGCGUGAGAUGCGCACCGCCUGCUCUGGCCUCCUUCACGGCACUCCUCUCUGCUGCUCCACCAGUAUUCUUGGACUGGCCGUUCUAGACUGCUCUACGCCAAAGAGUGCCAGGAACGGCGAGGAUAUGAGGCGGAACUGCAACGGAAAGCAGCCCCAAUGCUGCACCCUGGGAAUCAGCGAAAUUGCCCUUCUUUGCCAGAGGCCCAUCGGAGCUUAA